AUGGAUAGGGCGGGCUAGACGCACGCUCAUGGAGCUUGGUAAAUGUAAUGUCACGUGACCAGCUGAUUGUACUUCAGUGCUUGUGUUCUUUCUAUCACAUGUAGUCAUUUAUUUACAACGAAGGAGUGGUUGGUUGUGGAAGAGGCAUUUUUGAUUUUGGCUAUUUCAUCUGACCAUGUUUCUUCUUGAUUCCGACUCACAGAUGGCCUGUGUAAGUAAUUUAUUCGAAGGCGGAGAUGCUGUCAACUACAGCAAUGAAUUGGGACAGUCUCCUGCACACUUGGCGGCAUGUGGCGGCCAAGCCUUUUGUUUGCAUUGGCUACUGCAAACCGGAGCAGAUGCAAAUCAGCAGGACAGCAAUGGGGAGACACCUGUUCAUAAAGCUGCCAAGGCUGGCAGUUUGGAAUGCAUCAGUGUGCUCGUUGCCAGGGAUGCAAAACUUGGACUUUGCAACAAUGAGGGCAGAACUGCUGAAGAUUUGGCAUGGUCUUAUGGAUUUGUGGAGUGCGGACGAUUCCUGAACACACUCCGAAUGACGCGACUCCUGGCAAGCAGCAGGACUUUGAUACCCACCAGGCUUGCAGCUUGCCGACUACCCAGUUUCCCAUGUAGUAAGGUGGCAGGACAAAAGAGGGCACACUUUUCUACCGGGACCCAAGACAGAAAAAGGGCUCGAGACUGAUGAUUGAACAAGGAACCUCAAGACUUUUUAAAGGUUUACAAUGCUUAUAAAUGUUCUAUGCAGGACAGGGAUGCAGGAGGUCAACCUAUACAGUCCCAGGAACUGUCUCUAACAUAACCCUUAACCGGGUUGUCUCAGUGAGUCGAUCACAUGUUAGCAUGGCAAUGACUGGCAAAGUUUCAGCCAAUGUUGAUAUUUUUAAGUUUGAAAUGGAUAUGGGCAGAAAGGAUCCUUCUCCUGCAACCAAUGGUGACAGAGACCACUAUGUAUUGGUGGUGGUUCAGAGAACAACACGUGUGAUUAUUGUACUAAAAAAAUAACUAGUAAUGCUGCAUAAUACUACAAAAGUAUGGAAGUCAUGUAGGCUCAAUAUAGUCAGCCUCAAGACCUUUGGACACCAGUUACAAAAAUAUAUUUACACAGAACUUUGUUUACAAUGAAUCUUUGAGUUCCAAUGAUUCACACCCAUACUUCUUCAUGAAUGGGAAAUUGAGAUAAAAACUGAAACUUUCAUCACACACACACAAAAAAAAAAGCACAUUUACUUCUGAUGUUCAUUUAUUUUCAGAGAUGUGUAACUACUGUUGGACAAGAGUCCCGGUACAUGUUGAAACCAAUACAUACUCAUAUGGUCUUGGGUCUCUGAGGCAAACAGAGAUUGUAGUAGGCGUUUUGGUCCCAAAAUUGCGGGCUCUUCCAUCCGCACCAGCCCUGGGGAAAGAAACGGAUGUCAACUCUCCAUUUUGGGAUUGCACAAAAAAAUUAUCUAUGUAGGGAAUGACAAUUUGACUGCACUUUGAGAAUACAGACUGCAAUAACAAUUUCUAUAGUAGCUUCUAGUUACAUUUAUAGCUAUUUCAUUGUAAAUUGAAGUUAAAUAAAUUGAAAUUAUGCACUGUAA